AUGUGAUAGCCUUUGAAACAUUGACCACUGGCUUUUGAUAGUUUAUUUGUUAUUUUUUGCCGACAUAAAGAAGUAGCAAGUUCACGGUGAAGCAGUCCCAUCGGAAGAGGGAAGGGGAGGGCUGGUGUGUCCCAGCCCUCUGCAUCCAGCUGGUGCCUUGCUCCUCAGCAGUAGCGCGCCACACUGACUAUGGCUUUAGCCGCAAGCAGGACGCUCUUGGCGCUAUUCGUUACGUUUUGUGCACCUGGAUGCGGAUGGGCAGAAAAAUCCCUGCGGUCACACAAUGAGAAACAGACAUCUGUGGACAAGGGCCUGAGGGAGACCUGGGAGCCUUCUAUCCAUCUGGAUGGAAGACCUGUGGACCGCUUUGUCGUCAGCUCCAACAAACCCACGAGGUCUCACCGCUUCACUAAAGUGGGAAAGGAGAAUCGCUCUCAUCUACUGGAGGAUGUAGACCCUGAAUGGGUUAACCUGGAUGGCUUUGCUGUGUUGGGCGGUGCACCUGUCAGCAACUCAUCAGCAGCAGGUCCAGCCAGGUCUCCACAAACUGCUGCCAGAAAUCAGCCCUCUGCACAGCGGACCACCAGGAUGGGCAGGACAGCUCACCCCUUGGGUGUAUCUAAUACCAGGACACAUAGGAGGGCCCCUCAGUCCUCCUCGGGUCCAAGGCAGCCUGAGAGAGCUUUGGCAGGAGCUCCCCCACUAGAAAGGAGACGCCAACACCACACCAAGCCUCAAUCUGAUCAGAGAAACCGAAACGCACACAAACUAACAUCUGAGUCCGUUCAUGUGGUGUCACUGCAGGCACAGAAAGCCGUGGGCCGGAGCGCAUCGGCCAACAGAGCGGUCGCAUCCAAACCAACCACACCAGAACCACCGGAGUAUGAGGCACGGGACAUCAGUGUUAGGGUCAUGUCUCCUCAGUCUGUCCUUAUCUCCUGGGUUGACCCUGCUGUUGAAAUGGGGAAGAUUGCUCCCGGGGUGUCCAGAUCCUACACAGUUAGGUACAGAGAAAAGGGCGAGUCAGCACGCUGGGAGUACAAGGACAGCACCCAGAGAGAGAGAGAGAGAGAGAGAGUGAUGAUAGGCAACCUUACUGCUGACAGCAUGUAUGAGUUUUCUAUCAGAAUCUCUCAGGGAGAAAAACAUGGGAAGUGGAGUGUCUCCGUCUUUCAGAGGACCCCUGAGUCAGCACCAUCUGGGCCACCACAGAACUUUGAGGUCAAGCCUUUAAAAGGGAAAGGAACUGCUGUGAUAGCAACAUGGGAUCCACCUGAAGAACCCAAUGGGAGGAUAAGAGAAUACAUCCUGUCUUAUGCUCCUGCUAUGAAGCCAUUUGGAAUGAAAAGUGUGACGUCCCGUGGCAGCACCACCACGGCCACCAUAGAUGGCCUCACACCGGGAGACCGGUACAUCUUCACGAUUAGAGCCACCAACAGGAGGGGACAGGGACCACAGAGCAAGGUCUCAGUGUUGCCAUGCCAAGAUCAGCGCUGCCUUAUCGUUUCAAAGACCAAGGACAGCGGAAGGACUAGUCACACUUCUUCCAAACAGGAGACCGACCAUGAUGAAUCUGACGUCCAGUCAACAGAGGGGCCAAAAGAAACAACCAAACCCCCUAGGCGUCAAUCCCAACUUUCCCAGACACGCUCCUAUCACAACAUCUUCUCCUCUGUAAGGGGCUCAGUCUGGAAUGUAGGGUCAUCCAGAGUUAAAAAUAGAGAAAAUGAGAAGGGAAAAGAGAAAAUAAUCACAACGCCACCUUCAGCAGAGGAGACAACUACCAUGAAGGUUGUCCUAGAGACAAAAGAACCAGACAACGAUGUUUCCCCUGAUUCUGAGGAUGAAGUGGGAUAUGAUGAAGAGCUCCUGACUACAGAAACCCGCCUCAAAGUUUUGACACCCUACCCAACUAAACCUGCGUCUACUCGUCCUAACCGACCUCCCAGAAGGCCCAUUAAGAUUAGGGUCCAUCAAACACCAGGAUCCAAGGCUGCUUCCUCCUCCUCAUCCACCUCUUCAUCUUCUUCUACUUCAUCAUCCUCAUCUUCUGCCAAUUCCUCUGCUUCUUCUGAUUCCUCCUCAUCUUCUUUACCCUCUACUUCCUCUUCAUCCUCAUCAUCCUCACCUUCUACAACCUCAUUAUCCUCCUCCUCACGAAUUCAAGAGUCAGGCAGUAGAAAGGACUAUGUAGCUUCCACAUACCCAGAGGGCAAAAUUGGUUAUGACAAGCCCAGAGCACAUAAAAAACCCUCCACUACAGUCUUAAAAGAGACAAAUUCACAGCAGACAGAGGCAACAUCUCUAGGUAGAGGUUCAGUUUCAGCCAGACGCACCAACGGGUCUGGGCUUGUCUCUAGAUAUGGUUAUGGUCGAAGACAUCCACUUUUGUUCAGAGGGAAUUCAACUCGAAUGCUGAAUGGUUUCAAACCAGUCACCUCACAGUUAAACUUACCGAACAGAACGCCUAACCAAGCAACAUCAAACACUCGUAGUUCAGCAACAUCACAGUCCACUUUACCAGACAGGACUCCAAACCAUGAAACAUCACAUUCUUUCAAUUCAGCAACAUCCAGGUCCCCCUUAGGAAGUGCAGCCCGAAGCCAAGCAACAUCAGAUACAAAUAAUUUUGACACAUCGCAGUCCACAUCAGAGUCUAGAUCUCAAGGCUCUACAACUUUAGGGAGCUCACACACAUCAUCCACUUCAUAUAGCAGCUCAGAUCACCCAUCCACCAAAGACACACAAGGCUCUUCUCAGUCAACUUCACACAGAGGAUCUCACAGAUCUGCAAAUUCACACAACACACAGAGUUCACACACGUCACCUGAGCGAGGCACAACAAUGAGGGAGGGAAAUGAUGAGAGUAAUUACAAAAACACAGAUGCAGUAACUAAAGUUGAAGAGCGUACUUCAAGCAUCAACCUGCAACCCACAGAGGAGGAGAGAGGAGAGGAAGUGGGGAGGGAGGAAAGUAAUGACAAACCUUUGGUUCCUCAUACCAGAAUUAGCUCAUCAUUUGCUGAAAGAUUCCCUAGGCCAGUUAACCGUUACCCAGGCAAGUUUGGAUUAGGAACGAGAAGGUCAUCUUCCAGGGAGGGUGGCAUGACCAGGAUUUCAUCCUCUAUUGUGGCCAGCAGACACACAAGGGUUUCAGGGGCCACAGGUGCUGCAGGAGUGUCCACAAUACAGGAGACUAGUGAAGCUCUGAAAACGUCUUCCAUUCAAGACUCUCUAAAGAAUGGGGUGGGUUCUGUUAAGCCUUCUUUGACCAAUCAAAAUACAGCAUCUAGUGACACUACAAACCCAUCUACCUCAUCCUCUUCCUCUUCAGCAGCCACUUCUUCAAACUCUGAUUCUGUUCAUUCCUCUAGUGGACACAGAGACUCAAGUGACUCCAUCUAUAGAGGGACCUCUACUGACAAUAAUAACAAUCAAAAUAAGGAUUAUCUUGAUGAGAGUAGUCAAGAAAUAACUGGAAAAAAUGAUAAAGUUGCAGACCCCACAGCAGCCCAAAAAAAUCCUACAAUAACUUCACUUGAACCUCACAGAUGUAAGGACAGUGAGAGUGUGUAUACUAGGGAAACUUUCUCUAGGAGACCUGGCUCACCAUCUGGAGACACUCAUCGUCAUCAUGGUGUAGGGACGAAUGGAAGGGGACACCCUCCACUUUCGACUAACAUGCAUUUUGGUGGCUCUGGGCUUCCCAACAGACUAAAGCCAGCAAAGACCUCAAGGCUGGAUUCUUCAACGUCGGAUUCCUUCUCUCCCUCCUCAUCGUCUGCCCGCUCUUCUUCUUCAAAUGUGCCCCAGCCAGUUUUGACCUCAGAUCGUGAUGUUGGAAGUGGCACAACUGUGACAAGGACAGGAGGAUUAAUUAGAGGCAACUCCCUGUCCACAUCGUCGUCCUCAGCAUCUUCAUCAUCAUCUACAGACAGCUUUCGGGGACAGGGGGGAAAGUCUCGCAAUUCCAUCGUCAGAGGGAAAUUCACCAAUGGAAGACACCCCAAGCCUGACAAUGGAAAUGGUAAAAAUGGACGACCCAACCUGACAGCAACAAAUGAUAAAGAGUCGUCUUCCUCUGAUGGAACCAGCAAGGCCGUUGGUCAAAGGUUUAUUACUGGACCUGAUGGAACCAAAUGGGUGGUGGACUUGCAGCGGGGGGUUCUUCUGAACCAGGAUGGACAAGUUCUCCAGGACUCCCAGGGUAAACCCAAGAGAGUGGUGCUUGGAGAGGAUGGACGCACAAUUUUUGACCUCAUGGGAAGUCCCCUGGUAAACCAGGAUGGUAUGGCUCUGUUUGGGCAUGGACGAGAUAGCCGGCCUGUGGUCAACCCCAAAGACAAGGUCAUCAUGGUUGGAGGGAAACCUGUACUUGGCUUGGACCUUCCUCACCUCAGGACCACAACCACCACCACCACCACCACCACCACCACCACCACGGCUCCUACCACCACACCUGAACCCACCACCACUGAAUGGACCGUAGAAGAGUCUACCACCGCACUGCCAUACCCAACCUGCCCACCUGGAACCUUCUCCAAAACAGAUGAAUACGGGUAUCCAGUGCUGGACCCAGAAGGAAUUUUAGACUGUUAUCCAGAAGAGGAAUCCUCAGGAAUGGAAAUGGACCACAUGGUUACAGUGACCAUGGUGCCUGAUGCUUUAGCUCUUGAGAAAGAUGAGUUUUUUGUCCAGACCACCCUGCCACCAACAACCACCACAACCACCACCACCACCACAGAGAUCCCAACUCCGGAGCCAGAUACCCGGCCCGUCAAUAAAGGCCCUUCAUCCGAGUUAGACCUCAGUGGGAAGAAGCGCUUCACAGCUCCCUAUGUGAACUACAUCCGGAAGGACCCGGGUGCUCCUUGCUCCUUGACGGAGGCUCUGGAAUAUCUUCAGGUCGACAUCUUAGAAGACCUGAUAGAGAAGGACAGUCUGGCAGCCAAUCAGAAACAGUCUCCCAAAAACAAGCCUCAUAACCUCACUGUGGUCGCCAUGGAGGGCUGUCACUCUUUCAUCAUCCUGGACUGGGCCCGCCCACUGAAGGAUGAUAUGGUGUCAGGCUACAUGGUCCACAGUGCUUCAUAUGACGAUGUCCUCAACAAUAGAUGGUCCUCUAGAGCCUCCAGCGGGACACACCUGCCUGUGGAGAAUCUCAAACCCAAUUCUAGGUACUACUUCAAAGUGCAGGCCAAGAAUGUGUUUGGUUUGGGACCAGUCAGUGACACGCUCACCUAUGUCACUGAAUCAGAUGAUCCCCUUCUUAUUGAAAGACCACCUGGUGGAGAACCAAUUUGGGUGCCCUUUACUUUCAAGUAUAACUCUGCCCACAGCAGCUGUAAGGGCAGCCAGUACGUCAAGCGGACAUGGUACAGGAAGUUUGUGGGCGUGGUUUUGUGCAACUCUCUGCGUUACAAGAUCUUCAUGGGAGAUGGUCUAAGAGAGCCAUUUUACAGUAUAGGAGAUACAUAUGGCCAGGGAGAGGACCAUUGCCAGUUUGUGGACUCCUACAGGGAUGGGAGGACAGGCCCGGCCUAUCUCUCAAAUAAUCUGCCCUCAGCACAAGGAUUUUAUCGUGCAUACAGACAGGAACCAGUUACAUAUGGAGUCAUUGGCCGACGUACACCCCAUCCAUUCGUGGGCUGGUAUGAAUGCGGGGUGCCAAUCCCCGGGAAGUGGUAACACGGGAGGAGUAAGAGACAUCGUUACAGAGGGCUUUUACCUUCACUGGUCCUGCCCUUAAAACUGACUUUUGCCUGAAAAGACACCACUACAAAUGUAUUACAGCUUCACAGAAAGAGAAUAUAAUACUUUUUAAACAACUCAAUGUAUAUCAUUACAAUUGCACUUUUUAUAUAAAGCAGUCUGUAUAUGAGGGGAAAAAGAAGCAUGUGUGCUUUUGCUUAGUUUAACUCUUGUCUCAAAGUGUCCUUGUACUGUUAUCUAUCCUAGAGACAGGUCUUCACCCACUGUUAUUUAUCUCAUGAAUAAUUCACACACACAGUCAAACCAGUGACAUUAGACCAAAGCACAAGCUGCAAAGCAAACUGUAAGAAUGGGCACUUAAGUUGUGUAUAGGUCUGUUAAUUUUCAAUCGUGAGAUUUGUUUUUCAUAAUGUAACGGCUUCUGACAGCUACUUUUUUAUUUGUUUAUUUGUGUUCCUAAAGCACCAUACUGUUUUUUUCUACACCCUUUUGGUAUUCGCCUGAAUUCAUUAAAAGUCACUGUGUAAGUUUUGUAUGUAUACGGACAAAAAAUAAAAAAACAAAUAUUUGCUCAGGAACUGUGGGAGAUUGAAUAAAGGUGCUAUGGAAACCACA